CGGAGAGAGGGUAGUUUGUCCCAAAGCUCGCUGCUGUAUUUACUCCCUCCAUCUGACAGGAGGGAGCCUCGUUGAGCUGCGAGUGUCACUCAUGGAUGUAUAAUAAGAACGGGGUGUCACUCCGUCACGGAGGGGUAGGGUGUAGGGUGUGGUUUGGAGUUGGGCCGAAGAAGAAGAAGAGAAGCAGCUGGUGCUCGUCGGAGCACUGGUGAGGAAGAAGAAACAAAACAAGAUAACCAGAAUAACAAUAUUAUAUUUGUAGAAAUUGGUUUUAUCUUCCUCACUUUGAGUCCCUAAGUGCCUGAGCUCAAGAGUGUUUGUAUAAAGCCUUUGGGUACGACUGGUACUUUCUAAGACUGAGGACCACCAUGGAGGAGACGAGUCGGGAGGCGGUUGCCACGGCGGUGCAGCGCGUGGCUGGGAUGCUGCAGCGCUCGGACCAGCUGGACAAAGUGGAGCAGUACAGGAGGAGAGAGGCUCGCAAGAAGGCCUCCGUGGAAGCUAGGCUGAAGGCAGCCAUCCAGUCGCAGCUGGACGGGGUUCGCACCGGACUGACCCAGCUGCACAGCGCUCUGCUGGACGUCAAAGAUAUCCAGGGCUCCCUGGCUGACGUGAGCAAAGACUGGAGGCAGAGCAUCAACACCAUCGAGAACCUGAAGGACGUCAAGGAUGCCGUAGUUCAACACAGUCAGCUGGCCUCGGCUGUGGAAAACCUCAAAAACAUUUUCUCUGUCCCAGAGAUCGUGGCGGACACGCAGCAGCUGAUCGAGCAGGGCGAGCUGCUGCAGGCACACAGGAAGCUGAUGGAGCUGGAGUGCUCCCGGGACGACCUCAUGUACGAGCAGUACCGCAUGGACAGCAAGAACACCAGUGACAUGAACCUCAUCUCCAUCUACUUUGAAGAUGUUCAGGGUCUGUCCGAUGAGCUGGCCAAGCAGCUGUGGAUGGUUCUGCAGAGGUCCAUGGUGACGGUCCGCCGGGACCCUACCAUGCUGGUGUCGGUGGUCCGUAUCAUCGAGCGGGAGGUGAAGAUCGAUAGGCGUAUGGUGGACCGGAAGAAGCAGAGCGGCUUCAUCCCUCCUGGGAGACCCAAACGCUGGAAGGACAAGAUGUUCGAGGUGUUGGAGGGGACGGUCAGCACCCGCAUUGAGGGCACCCAGUCAGUGACCAGAGAGGCUGAUAAGAUGUGGCUGGUUCGUCUUUUAGAAAUAACCAGGAAAUAUGUUCUGGAUGACCUGAUCGUUGUGAAGAACCUGAUGGUGCAGUGUUUCCCCCAGCACUACGACACCUUCAACAGGUUUUUCGGUCUCUACCACAAUGCUGUGUCCUCUCGCGUCAAAGAGCUGGCCGCUGAGGACCUGGAGGCCAAUGAGAUCGUGUCCAUGCUCACCUGGGUGCUGAACACCUAUAAGAGUGUAGAGAUGAUGGGCCACCCGGACCUGGCUUCAGAGUGUGACAUCAACGCUCUGGAAGCUCUGCUGCCUCAGGACGUGGUGGACGACCUGCUCAGCAAAUAUGUCAAGACUUUUACAUCUAAUAUCACAGGAUGGCUGCGCAAGGCUCUGGAAACAGACAAGAAGGACUGGCAGAAAGAAACAGAGCCUGAGGCGGACCAGGAUGGGUACUACCAGACCACGCUGCCCGCCAUCGUCUUCCAGAUGUUUGAGCAGAACCUGCAGGUCGCUGCACAGAUCGAUGGGGAUUUCAAGGAGCAGGUUCUGAAGCUCUGCCUGAAACAGAUGAACACUUUCCUUAUCAGGUACCGAGAGGAGGCGGUGACCUACAAAGAGGAGCACCUGAGGGACAGACAGCUGCCUCAGUGCUACGUACAGUACAUGAUCGCCAUCAUCAACAACUGCCAGACGUUCAAAGAGUCCAUCAACAGUCUGAAGAGGAAAUACUCUCAGAGUUCGGAGCCCACUGACAGUGACGCUGCCAUCGAGAGGACCCUCAGCGAGGUGGCCAAGGAGGGCUGCCAGUUCCUGCUGGACGAGGUCUUCCUGGACCUGGAGCAUCACCUGUACGAGCUGAUGACCAGGAAGUGGCUGACGGGCUCUCACGCUGUGGACACCAUCUGUGUGACGGUGGAGGACUACUUCAAUGACUUCAACAAGAUCAAGAAACCCUUCAAUCAGGAGAUGACGAGCGAGGCCCUGCGCAGGGUGGUGGUGGAGUACAUCAAGGCGGUGAUGCAGAAGAGGAUCACCUUUAAGAACGCUGAUGAGAGGAGGGAGGGGGCCGACAGGAUGAUCAAGGAGGCCGACCAGUUCAAGUUCCUCUUCAGGAAACUGGCUGCUGUGAGUGCACAUGAAACACUUUUCACUGUCAGCACCAGCAUCACAGGGGGUGAAGACACUGACCGGCUGUGUGGAGCCAUCGCUGCCAUCGCUGAGGUCUUCAAGCUGACAGACCCCACCCUGCUGUUCCUGGAGGUCACCACGCUGGUGUCCAAGUACCCCGACAUCAGGGAGGAGCACAUCCAGGCGUUGCUGGCGGUGCGGGGCGACGCCAGCAGGGAAAUGCGGCAGAUGAUCAUCGGGACUCUGAGCGAGAACAAAGUAACUUACUCUGCUGUCACACAGCCCAUCUUCAAAGACAUCGCCGUGCCAACCAUCACCAACACCAUGACGUCCAUGACCUCCAUGGCAACCGCAAAGCUGCUCAAAUAAAGCCAGUCACCGUGACACUAUGUCCACCUUCAGAAUCCAUAACAGAAGCACAUUUCAUUUUCUUGUUUAAUUCUGUUUGCUGUGCUUCUCUCCCCACCCUUAAUGUUUUUAUUGUCACCCUGAUCACUUCUGCUUCAGCAAAUAAUACAAUUGUAGUUAUAAUAAUGUGUUGGAUGAAAGAAAGAAUGAAUAAAGAAAGACAUCUUCAAGAUUA